CCUAACAGUUCUGGUUUAAAUGGAGGAGAACAGUAAGAAGGACCAUUGGGCUACGCUCAACCAAGGAGAGGAGAAUGAACUGGAGGUGUUUGGUUACCAUACCCAGAAUCUAAGGAAAGCCCUCUGUCUUCUCGUAUCCCUGCUGACCUGCGGGGGCCUUCUGUUGGUGUUCUACUGGAGACCUCAAUGGAGGGUGUGGGCCAACUGCAUCCCAUGCCCCUUGCAAGAAGCAGACACUGUUUUACUGAGGACAACAGAUGAAUUUCAAAGAUAUAUGAGGAAGAAGGUGUUCUGCCUCUACUUAUCCACUCUGAAGUGUCCUGUAAGCAAAAACCCAAAAGAGCCCCUGGUGGUUGAUCGCCACUCUGUCAUAAACAAAGCUGUAAUAAAGCCAGAAUUAAAGCUACGAUGCAUCCAAGUGCAGAAAAUCAGGUAUGUUUGGAACAACUUGGAGAAGCAGUUUCAGAAAGUUGGGUUGCUGGAAGACAGCAACUCCUGCUAUGACAUCCAUCAUACGUUUGGAAUGGGUCUGACCAGUGAAGAGCAAGAGAUCAGAAGACUAGUGUGUGGGCCCAAUGCCAUUGAGGUGGAAAUCCAACCCAUAUGGAAGCUGCUUGUUAAACAGGUUUUAAAUCCAUUCUAUGUGUUCCAAGUCUUCACCCUAACGUUGUGGCUGUCUCAAGGUUACAUAGAAUACUCUGUGGCCAUCAUCAUUUUGUCUGUUAUCUCCAUUGUCUUAAGUGUGUAUGAUUUGCGACAGCAAUCAGUUAAGCUGCACAACCUUGUGGAGGAUCACAACAAAGUCCAGGUUACAAUCAUCAUAAAAGGCAAAGGUUUGGAGGAACUGGAAUCCCGUCUCUUGGUUCCCGGGGAUGUACUUAUUCUUCCAGGAAAAUGUUCAUUACCAUGCGAUGCUGUUGUGCUGGAUGGGAACUGUGUGGUGAAUGAAGGCAUGCUCACAGGAGAAAGUAUACCUGUUACAAAGGCACCAUUGCCCCAAAUGGAGAACACCAGGCCUUGGAAAUCUCACAGCUUGGAGGAUUAUCGGAAGCAUGUCCUUUUCUGUGGAACGGAAGUUAUUCAGGUCAAGCCCUCUGGGAAGGGCCCUGUACGAGCAGUCGUUUUGCAGACUGGUUACAACACAGCCAAAGGGGACUUAGUGAGAUCCAUCCUCUACCCCCGGCCUCUGAACUUCAAACUAUACAGCGAUGCCUUCAAGUUCAUGGUGUUCCUGGCUUGCCUUGGUGUCGUGGGUUUUUUCUAUGCCCUAGGGGUAUAUAUGUACCACAGAGUCCCUUCACGAGACACUGUGACCAUGGCCCUGUUGCUCCUCACCACGACUGUCCCUCCUGUGCUGCCAGCUGCCCUGACCAUAGGCAUUGUGUAUGCUCAGAAGAGACUGAAGAGGAAGAAAAUCUUCUGUAUCUCCCCACAGAGAAUCAAUAUGUGUGGGCAGUUAAACCUCGUGUGCUUUGACAAAACUGGCACUCUUACUGAAGAUGGGCUGGACCUCUGGGGGACAGUCCCUACUACUGACAACUGCUUCCAGGAAGCCCACAGCUUUGCCUCGGGCCAAGCUUUGCCUUGGGGGCCAUUGUGUGCAGCCAUGGCCAGUUGUCACUCUCUGAUUCUUCUCGAUGGGUCUAUCCAGGGAGACCCUCUGGACCUCAAAAUGUUUGAGGGCACUGCGUGGAAAAUGGAAGAUUGCAAUAUAGACUCCUGCAAAUUUGGGAUAUCAGAAUCAAGUACAAUAAAGCCAGGACCAAAAGCCUGUAAGAGUCCCGUGGAGGCCAUCACCAUCUUGCGCCAGUUUCCAUUUUCCUCAAGCCUGCAGAGGAUGUCUGUGAUCACUCAGCUGGCCGGGGAGGAUCACAUCCAUGUCUACAUGAAAGGUGCCCCGGAGAUGGUGAUCAAGUUCUGCAGAUCUGAAACAGUGCCCAAGAAUUUCCCACAGGAGCUGAAGAAUUAUACAGUGCAAGGCUUUCGUGUCAUUGCCUUUGCCCAUAAAGGCUUAAAGAUUGAGAGGCUUUCAGAAGUGGAGCAACUAGCCAGAGAGAAAGUGGAGUCAGAGUUAACAUUUCUGGGACUUCUCAUAAUGGAGAAUCGCUUGAAAAAGGAAACCAAACCUGUCCUAAGGGAACUGAGUGAGGCCUGCAUCAGGACUGUGAUGAUUACAGGUGACAACCUUCAAACGGCCAUUACCGUUGCAAAGAAUUCUGAAAUGAUUCCUCAAGGCAGCCAAGUGAUUGUUGUCGAAGCCAAUGAGCCAGAAGAGUUUGUUCCUGCUUCUGUGACCUGGCAGCUGGUAGAGAACCAAGAAAAUGGAUCUGAGAAGAAUGAAACCUAUAUUAACAUUGGAAAUAGUUCAACAUCUGAUGGGGAAAGAGGGAACUGUUACCAUUUUGCAAUGAGUGGGAAAUCAUACCAAGUGAUAUUACAGCAUUUCAACAGCUUGCUUCCAAAAAUUCUGGUGAAUGGAACUAUUUUUGCAAGAAUGUCUCCUGGGCAGAAGUCAAAUCUUGUUGAAGAAUUUCAGAAAUUAAAUUAUUAUGUGGGCAUGUGUGGAGACGGAGCUAAUGACUGUGGGGCUUUGAAAAUGGCUCAUGCAGGCAUCUCGCUGUCAGAGCAGGAAGCAUCUGUGGCAUCCCCUUUUACCUCAAAAACAGCCAAUAUUGAGUGUGUGCCUCAUCUCAUCAGAGAAGGCCGAGCUGCUCUGGUUUCAUCGUUUGGGGUAUUUAAAUACUUGUCCAUGUAUGCCAUAAUCCAGUUUACCGGUACAUCACUGCUCUAUUGGCAGCUACAACUCUUUGGGAAUUACCAGUAUCUCAUGCAAGAUAUAGCCAUUACUUUGAUGGUCUGUUUGACAAUGAGUUCAACUCAUGCCUACCCAAAGCUGGCUCCAUAUCGACCAGCAGGACAGCUGCUUUCUCCCCCUUUGCUGCUCUCGGUUUUUUUGAAUUCUUGUUUCUCUUACGUUGUACAAAUCUGUGCAUUCCUCUAUGUGAAGCAGCAGCCCUGGUAUUGUGAGGUCUACAAAUACAGUGAGUGUUUUCUGGCCAAUCAAAAUCACUUCUCAACCAAUAUGAGUUUGGAAAGAAACUGGACUGGAAAUGCAACUCUGAUUCCUGGUUCCAUUUUAAGUUUUGAGAGUACCACAUUGUGGCCCCUUACCACCAUCAACUACAUCACAUUAGCAUUUGUCUUUUCAAAGGGAAAGCCAUUUCGAAAACCUAUCUAUACAAACUAUAUAUUUUCAUUUCUGCUGCUGUCUGCCUUGGGCCUCACAAUUUUUAUUCUGUUUUCUGAUUUUCAAGAUAUAUACAGUGGAAUGGAGCUCAUCCCAACCAUAACAUCAUGGAGGGUCUUGAUUUUGGUGGUAGCCCUCAUCCAGUUCUGUGUGUCCUUUUUUGUGGAGGAUGCCAUCCUUCAAAAUCGAGAGCUCUGGCUGUUGAUCAAAAAAGUAUUUGGAUUCUACUCUAAAAGUCAAUAUAGGAACUGGCAAAAAAAGCUGGCAGAAGACUCAACCUGGCCUCCCACAAACAGGACAGAUUAUUCAGGCAAUGGUAAAAAUGAAUUCUACAUCAACAGAGGCUAUGAAAGCCAUGAACAGAUUCCAAAAAGAAAACUCGAAUUGGGAGGCCAAACCACAGAACAGCAUUUUUGGACUAGGCUGUAAUCAGAAUUGUCGUGCAUGCUGCACAGUAUUGCCUUUUCUCCCCCCCAAAUUAAAACACUGUGGCAAAGUGAUGAUAGUCUUCCUGCAUAUUUGUAUUCAAUCGCAUUUCUCAAUGCAUUCAACCUUGCAGCAAGGACCAUAGAUAUGCUUAUUUUGAUUACAUCCUGUACCAUAAGUGAAAAGAAAUGCAUUUCCUGGAUUAUCAUUUUUAAUAAACUUUAUUCACAUGGCAUAGCA